AUGUUUGGCGCCAAGAUGGCGAUGGAAAUGAGGCUUCCUGUUGCUCGCAAACCUCUUAGCGAGAGCCUUGGCCGCGAACCUAAAAAACACUUGGUAGUUCCGGGGGACACGAUAACUACGGAUACGGGCUUCAUGCGGGGCCAUGGAACGUAUAUGGGAGAGGAGAAGCUCAUCGCAUCUGUGGCUGGCUCUGUGGAAAGAGUGAACAAGUUGAUUUGUGUGAAAGCUUUAAAAACCAGAUACAAUGGUGAAGUAGGAGACAUUGUAGUGGGAAGGAUCACAGAGGUUCAACAGAAGAGGUGGAAGGUAGAGACCAACUCCAGACUGGAUUCAGUCUUGCUUCUCUCGUCCAUGAACCUUCCUGGAGGAGAGCUGAGGAGAAGAUCUGCAGAAGAUGAGCUUGCCAUGAGAGGGUUCCUGCAGGAAGGGGAUCUUAUCAGUGCUGAGGUCCAGGCAGUGUUCUCUGAUGGAGCUGUUUCUCUUCACACGAGAAGUCUAAAAUACGGAAAACUAGGUCAAGGUGUUUUGGUCCAGGUUUCCCCCUCCCUGGUAAAACGGCAGAAGACUCAUUUCCAUGACUUACCGUGUGGGGCGUCUGUGAUUCUGGGUAACAAUGGCUUCAUUUGGAUCUACCCAACGCCUGAGCACAAAGAGGAGGAAGCAGGAGGCUUUGUUCCUAAUUUGGAGCCUGUAUCCCUUGCCGAUCGAGAGGUCAUAUCUCGGCUUCGGAACUGCAUUGUCUCAAUGGUGACUCAGAGGAUGAUGCUGUAUGACACCAGUAUCCUGUACUGCUAUGAAGUGUCCCUUCCACAUCAGAUCAAAGACAUCUUAAAGCCAGAGAUAAUGGAAGAAAUUGUGAUGGAAACCCGCCAGAGACUAUUAGACCAGGAAGGGUAA